AUGGCUUCCACCAGCAGAACCAGGGCGGCCAGCAGCCGCAGCAACAGUAUCAGGCCUACUACCCAGGCGCCCCUCAGCAGCCGCCGAACCCUUCUUAUACUCAGCAAGGAUUCCAGCAGACUGCUGGCUUACCAACCCCCUCCCUACCAGCAACAGCCAUCAGGCCACGGCGCGCCGCAGCAGCCGGCCCAGAACCCCUACGGCAGCCCACCGCCUCUUGCCGGUGAUGGUCAGGAUCGCGGCGUGGCGGGCGGUCUGCUUGGCGCCGGAGCGGCGGGUCUCGCUGCGCAUGCGAUGGGCGGAGGGGGCCUGGCCACGGUCGCCGCAGGCGUAGUUGGAGCUGCGGGCGGUCAUCUGGUGGAGGAGAAGCUGUCAGGUGGCAAGGUCAAGAAGGACAAAAAGGACAAAAAAUACAAGAAGGAUAAGAAAGAGAAGAAGGAUAAGAAGGACAAGGUGAAGAAGGUCAAGGACAAGCACAAGCGCAAGGGAAGUGGGAGCUCAAGCUCGAGCAGCUCGAGCAGCAGUGACUCGGAUUAG